UAUCAUGCAACCGUCAUUUUUCUCCUUUGCAACUCGACGACUCCUCCUCCUUUGUUGAUUCAUAUCAUAUAACCAACAUUCCGAUUCAAAAAUCUUGCAUCUAAAAAAAAAAAAAAUCCCUCCGCCGGCGCUUCACGUUUUUGCGAAGAUGAAAAUUCGAUCGCCACUUUCUUUUGCGCUUUUUUCAACGCUGUUAGUUUUAUACGGUGAAGCCAAAACCAUUGAUCCUUACAAGGUUCUUGGCGUGGACAAAAAAGCGAGUCAAAGAGAGAUUCAGAAAGCUUUCCACAAGCUUUCUCUUCAAUAUCACCCUGACAAGAACAAAAGUAAAGGUGCACAAGAGAAGUUUUCUGAGAUCAACAACGCAUAUGACAUUUUAUCAGAUGAGCAGAAGAGAAAAAAUUAUGAUAUGUAUGGUGAUGCCAAAGGUGCCCCAGGAUUUGAUGCUGGACACCCCGGGGAUCAUGGUGGAUAUACUUUCUUCACUGGCGGUGGACCUGGACAAAGUGGGUUUACAUCAGGACCAGGUGGAUGGCAGCACAUGGGUGGGCAGGGAGGUUCCCAGAGUUUCUCAUUUUCGUUUGGUGGCCCUGGUGGAUCACGCUCAUCUGGUAGCCAUGGUGGACCAAGUUCCUUUGGUUUUGAUAUUGACGAUAUUUUCUCAGGGUUCUUUGGGGGUGGUAUGAAACAUCAGGGUCAGUUUGGCGAUUUCAGCAGUUUCCGCAGUUCGAGCAGGUCUCAGUCACAAUCUAGGAGUUCAUCUAGGAGCAUCAGAGCAAUAAAUUCGGAGGCCUUCAGGAAAGAAAUAACUGACCAAGGGAUGACUUGGCUUUUAUUAUCUUAUACACCAUCAUUGCAGGGGAAACAAUAUUAUGAAUCUAUCAUGGCGGAGGUGGCCAGUUUAUUAUCAGAAGCUAUAAAGGUUGGGAGCAUAAAUUGUGAAACUGAGUUGUCUUUAUGUAAGGAUCUGGCUGUUCGUCCAGGGAGGUCUCCAAGGUUGUUUGUUUACUCAUACAAAGGAAGUGAGAAGGGUUCUCUUGAAGAAUACAAUGGUGAUUUGACGGCUAAGAAUGUCAAAACAUUUUGUCAAGAUCAUUUACCUAGGUUUUCAAAAAGGAUUAGCCUAAAUCAUUUUGACUUGUCUUCUAGUAAUGUAGAAAGAUACCCAAGGGUGAUGCUUCUUUCUACCAAAAAGGAUACACCUGUAAUCUGGCGUGUUCUCAGUGGCUUGUAUCACAAAAGAUUCACUUUCUAUGAUGCAGAGGUUCAUGAUGUUUCUGAUCCAGCUGUGAAGAAGUUAGGUGUUGAUGCACUUCCAGCUAUAGUUGGGUGGCUGUCCAAUGGAGAGAAGCACAUCCUGAAAUCCAGUAUUUCGGUAAAGGAUUUGAAAUCUGCAAUCAAAGAUCUCAGUGUGUUGCUUGAUAGUUUUGAGAAGAAGAAUAGAAAGGUAGCUUCAUCUUGGACUAGUGAAGAACAGACAGCUUCCACAGAGGGACAGUUGCCUUUGUUGACAGCCUCGAACUUUGAUGGUCUUUGUGGGGAUAAAACUCCUGUCUGCAUUAUCGGUGGAUUCCGAUCACCCAAAUCUAGGGAUAAGCUGGAGUCCCUUCUAUCUAAGGUUUCUAAGAAAUCUCUAUCAAGGAGACAGAAUGUAGCAUCUGGUUCUAGGGAUGCUUUAUCCUAUGCCCUUUUAGAUGCUACCAAGCAACAAUCAUUUCUAGGUGCAUUUGAAAAGUCUGGAUUCAAAUCGAUAGAUAACAUCCUGGUGGCGUACAAACCUCGGAAGGGAAAGUAUGUUGCAUUUACAGGUGACAUGACCAUUGAAGAGGUAGAGAAAUUCAUAAGCUCUGUUCUUAAUGGAGACGUACAAUUUACCAGGACAAGGCAGAAGCCAGUUCUUAAGUGAACCAGUGUACGAACAUAGUUCUGGUUUCAGAACACGAUGUACAGAUUGUAAAGCUUUCACAUCAAGCGAGUUCCUGAGACAUCUACACAAUACAAACACCUUCGCCCCGAAAUGCCACCUUCGAGCUGUGUUCUUUCAUCAUACACGCUUUAUGAGUGUUGAUGAAUAUCUGCAUCAUGAAAAAGGUGUUUACAAAAGCAUUGUUGGUAUCAGGGCCGGAAAAUCCCCGGCUCCAUCUGACAUAGUUGUAGAAUAAAUUAUCUUUUUUGACAAUAUAGAAAAAGAGAAUCACGAUUUCAAGGUCUUUAAUCAUAAAUUCUUUUGGUCUCUUGCUUUA